GCUGGCGGCUUCGAGUUGCCGGACAAUCUGACAGAACUGGAGGAGGAGUUGUUUCGUCAGGAGUCCCUGCUGGCCUUCACUUUGCGUCAAAUAGUUGCUGGACAGACCAGCGUGGAGAAGGAGGCUCUCAUCUGGGAGGUUCAACAUCUAGUUACCCGGAUGAAACGGAAAAAGGCCCUGCUGGAGCUGACAGACCCGAAUGCCAUUCGGACAGAGCUGGCACGCCACGAGGCCCAGCUGGACCGCGUGCAUCGUGAACUUGCCAAGUCCCUG